CUUUUAAAUAUGAACAAUUUUACAUUAUUCCCUAUUUAAUUCUGCUUUUGAAAUCCGCCGCUUACACACCAUUUCCUCUUGCCUAUAUUAACACCUCACACAUGUUCCUCGUUCCCGAUUUUCUCACAAAAUUCGCGAUUAUUUCCUUUUCCUUUCCCUCACAAUUUCGUAAACCCUAAGUCGCUCUCAAUUUUCACUUCGUUAACCGCUUUCGCUUCUCUCAUCCCAAUCGAUGGCUACUAUUAAGCCCCUUACGACUGAGGCAAUUGCUCUCACUGAGAAAAAGAUGGAUAUGACAUUAGAUGAGAUUAUCAAAAUGUCGAAAAUCAACAAUGGUAAACCUAAGAAGCAGCAGCAGCAGCGUAGGGUUUCGAAUAAAAGUCAGGGCUUUCUGAAAGCUGCUGGUAAUGAUAAAUCAUCAAAGAUGAAGCGGUAUAUGGAUUCAAGAUCUUCAGUUAGACAGGGUGCUCUAGCUCAGAGAAGGUCGAAUUACCAGGGAAACCAAUUUGAGUUGGCAAAUGAGGCUGCACGAAAGGCUGCAAGUGCUCCAUUCCGCAAUAGAGCUUUUUCAUACAACCAGGCGGCCAAUUGGAAAGCAAGGGCUGGUGCUCCACCUGUUCAAAGAAGGUUUGGAAAUGGAAGGUUUGCUUCUAAGCCCCCGCAACAGCAGCAGAUGCCACCCCCUCAGCAGCAGCAGCAGCAGCGUCAUCAGCAUCAGCAUCAGCAUCAGCAAGGGGGUAAUGCUGGGAUGCAUAAGCAAAGGCCUCAAACACUGGAUUCAUUGUUUGCAAACAUGAAAGAAGAGAGGAUGAGGAUUCUUUCACAGAAGAACAAUGGCGUACAACAACAUCAACAACAACAAUAUCGCAACAGGGGCAGUCAGCAAAGGCCUUCAAGAGGAAGAGGUCGUUUUGGCAACUAAGUUGUUAAACCAACGCCAACAUCAAAUCACGUUUGUUAGAAAUGGGAUUUUUUUAGCCUACUACUUGCAUUUAGAAAUGGGUUUUAUUUUUUGUUUAAUUUUGGGUUGUGGCUGCCUGUUUGUGAUUCUUCUAUCUUCUCCCUCGUUAGCUAAUGUGAUGUAAAUAGAUAUUUUACUACUUCAAUUCAAUCAAUAUGUGCUUAUUCUAUUCA